AUGAACCAUACCCGUGGUCUCAUGUCCACCGCGCAGGCCUUGCGCCGGACCUUCCUCGCACCUCUCCGAGCCCCCCGAGCCGCUCUCGUACAAUCCAGUCCUCUCCGGAAUGUUCUCCCAGUUCAAAAUGGACUACAAAUGAGGUCUCUACAACAUUCCCGCCGCCUUGCCUUUGGCGACUACAACAAGUGGCCGUCCAACGAAGCUAUCGGAGGUCCGUACGUGCAGUUGGUAAAUAAGGAUAACGACCUCGAUCCUCCAAUCAGGCUUUCUCAGGUGUUGGCUUCUUUUGACCACCGCGAGUGGUUCCUCCAACAAGUGAGCGAGGGAGCCCCCGACAGGCCACCUGUCUGCAAGAUCUUGAACAAGAAGGAGACGAAGAUUAAAGAGAAGGCCAGAGCGAAAGCCGCCAAGGCCACCAAGAUUCAAACCAAGAAGCUGGAGCUGAACUGGGCUAUCGAUGCUCAUGACCUCAAACACCGCCUGGGCCAGCUGACCACUUUCCUGGAGAAGGGUGCCAAGGUGGAGCUCGUCUUGACCAAGAAGAAGGGCAAGCGAGCAGCAACAGUGGACGAGAUCAAGCAUGUCAUGCAGAGUGUAAUGGAUACCACAAAAGAGAUUGGAGGCACUCAAGUCAAGGCUAUGGAGGGAGAGCCCGGCAAGCAUGUUAUCAUUACCGUCAGGAAGGAGAAAUGA